GGCCUGUGGGAGCGACGCGAGAGACCGAGGGCCAAGAUGGCGGAAGCGGCGGAGUCUCCAAGAAACCCGGGGACAGCAUCACCCAGGCCCCUGUUUGCAGGCCUUUCAGAUAUAUCUAUCUCGCAAGACAUCCCUGUGGAAGGAGAAAUCACCAUUCCUAUGAGAUCUCAAAUUCGGGAAUUUGACAGUUCUACAUUGAAUGAAUCUGUUCAGAAUACCAUCAUGCGUGAUCUAAAAGCUGUUGGGAAAAAAUUCAUGCAUGUUUUGUACCCAAGGAAAAGUAAUACUCUUUUAAGAGAUUGGGAUUUGUGGGGCCCUUUGAUCCUUUGUGUGACACUUGCAUUAAUGCUGCAAAGAGGCUCUGCAGAUAGUGAAACAGAUGGAGGACCCCAGUUUGCAGAAGUGUUUGUCAUUGUCUGGUUUGGUGCAGUUACUAUCACCCUAAACUCAAAACUUCUUGGAGGAAACAUAUCAUUUUUUCAGAGCCUCUGUGUCCUAGGUUACUGUAUACUUCCUUUGACUGUGGCAAUGCUGAUUUGCCGGCUAGUACUUUUGGCUGAACCAGGACCAGUAAACUUCACGGUUCGACUUUUUGUGGUGAUUGUGAUGUUUGCCUGGUCUAUAGUUGCCUCUACAGCUUUCCUUGCUGAUAGCCAGCCUCCAAACCGUAAAGCUCUUGCUGUUUAUCCUGUUUUCCUGUUCUACUUUGUCAUCAGUUGGAUGAUUCUCACCUUUACUCCUCAGUAAAUCAGGAAAUGGGAAUUCAAAAUGAGCAAACUGAAAGCUCAUCUGAAAAAUGCAAUUGAACAUGGAGCUUUGCCUCUGGCCCUCUUUUGUUUAAUUUAGAGGUAUUUGGUAUCCGGAUACGUGAGGAGAUGCAAAGGGAGCCAUAUAGCAUUGUUGCAACUGAUGUGAUGAACUGUUGUUUGAAAAGCUGUCCUUUUUAAUUUCAUUUCUUUAAAGUACAUGUGCAUACUACACAUAUUAAAAUGCCUCAUAAAGGCUUGAUGGAGUCAUUGUGGUCCAUUUAAUGACAACCAAUGACUAGGGAAGCACAUGGAUAUGUCCUGUAAGUUGAAUAGAGUUGGUAACUAAUUUCAGUUUUGAGAAUACCAGUUCAGGUGCAGCUCUUAAACACAUUGCCUUAUUGCUAUUAGAAUAUGCUACUCUUUUCAUAAGAAACAAUCUAUGGUCUAUAUCCAUUUUCUUUUAUUUCUCUGUUAAGCUUAAAAAGGCUAUGAUAGGUGAGGGAUUUCAUAGAUGUGGAAUGAAAAAACAGCCAAUAUUCAGUUUUAGAUCAAAGGAAAUGCUGCACUUGUUGCUUUCAAAAAAAAAAAAAAAAGCAAGGCUGGUAUGGCCCACAUCUAUAAGCACUUUAGGAGGCUGAGGUGGGAGGAUUACUUCAGGUCAAGAGUUCAGUACCAGCCUGGGCAAUGUAAUGAGACUUCAUUUGCACACACACACAAAAAAUUAGCCAGGUGCUCCUAUAGUCCUACCUACCAAGGAGUCUGAGGCAGGAGGAUCAUUUUUUUUUUUUUUUUUUUGGCCGGGGCUGGGUUUGAACCCUCCACCUCCAGCACAUGGGACCGGCGCCCUACUCCUUGAGCCACAGGCACCACCCAAGCAGGAGGAUCAUUUGAGCAUAGGAGUUCAAAUUUGCAGUGGGCUGUGAUCAUGCAUGCCACUGCACUCCAGCCUGGGCAACGGUGAGACCUUGUCUCAAUAAGAAAUAAGAAAUCAAAGAGCAUCUAAAGAAUCAGCUUUUUCAUUCUUCUUGUAUAAUCACCUUUCUACCGUGGCUGGCAUUUAGUUUUUAAUUUUGUUUUCUGCUAAUCUAAGAUGUUAGCAGUCCACAUGUAAUUUCUCUUCAACUGAAGUUCUCAGUGGUCCAGUGUUAUAGCUUAUUCAAAUAGAAAACCCCAGAAAUUUAGAUUGGAAAGUCACUAACAAGGCCGGGCAUGGUGGCUCACGCCUGUAAUUCUAGCACUCUGGGAGGCCAAGGUGAGUGGAUCGCCUGAGCUCAAGAGUUCGAGACCAGCCUGAGUCAGAGCAAGACCUCAUCUCUAAAUAUAGCCGAGCAUUGUAGCAGGUGUCUGUAGUCCCAGGUACUCAGGAAGCUGAGGCAAGAGAAUUGCUAGAACCCAAGAUUUCGAGGUUGCUGUGAGCUAUGAUGUUAUGGCACUCUACCGAGGGCAACAAAGUAAAACUCUGUCUCAAAAAAAAAAAAAAAAAGAAAAGAAAGAAAGAAAGUCACUAAUACAUAUUAACAUGUGGGCACCUUCUCUUAAGGGUGAAAUGAGGCGGUUUGGAUAUUGCACAGCUAUAAGGAGCUCUUUAUUCUGUGUAUUCUGGCUUCUAACUAGAAAGUAAAGUUAAAUCAGAAGCCUGCAUUUAACUUUGUGAAGAUGGAGGGAUUUACUGUUCCAAUGAAUGAUUAACAGAACAGUUAGAUGGUUAGAGGAUGAUGUAGGAUGAGUUGGAUUACAGCUGCUGUCCUUUCAUAGUGUGCUUAGCAGUUUUUCAUUAGGUGUAUUUUCCGGGUUAGGGAAUAGUGAUUCAUUUUCUUGGUUUUAGACUUUAUUAGUCAAGCUAAUUAACUCAUUUUUAGACAGUACAUUUUGCACAUGUGCACUUACUUGUACUAUCAGAUACUUAUACACACAAAUGUAAAGGUUUUUCAGGGAGCAGAGCUUCUGGGACAGGCUGAUUCUGAGCUGAACAGGGCUUCUUUAAGGUAGUAUGAGCUAUUGUCUUCUAUAAAUUGCAUACUGACAAACUCUAAUGGACAAAGAGUAGGAGUCAUGCAGAAAACAUUCAUUGUAAAUAUACAGCUGGUUAUAAAGAUAAGGAUUUCUUGUUCCACAUUUCUUGUUUAUUGUAGCAUUUAAAUAUUUAUUCAUUUUGUAUUUAAAGACUACCUGUACGUAAGUAUGAUUCUAAAAAUGCAUUUAUCUCCAGAUUAACCAAGUGAACAAUACCAGGCCAAAUGGAUUCUUGAAUGAUACUCAGUUUCAGAGCAUUAUAAAAUUGGUCCCCUCUGUUCUGCCCUUGUCCAGAUAUUUUGUUACAUAUUUGUAUUUAUGGCAGUUUACUUUUUAAGUUAUAAAAUGAUUACUUUCAGGACAAAACCAAUGUUUUAGUCUUGAACUGGUAAAGAAAAUAUUUUGGAACUGAACCUCAUUUUGAAAUUGGUCUUUAAUUAUCAUGCCUUUUCUAUAUCUUAGACUUUCUAACUUCCCACUUAAAAUAUCUCCUCUCCCAAAGUUGUUUCAUAAUCUGUCUCAAUCAUUAUAUUGUAAAAUUAAAGAAGUAACCAUGUCUUUCAAAGAGAAUUAAAUUUUCACUGAAUUUUACUAAGGCUAAACAUUUGGUCAGAAAUUUCUAAGGCCACAGCUUUGGGAGGGGUGUGUGUGUUUAUGUAUGUGAGGGGGUGGGCAGGCAUAUUGGAUAUUAAGGCAACUUAGUCGGUGUAUAAUCUUUGCUCUUGGGUAACUUAGGGAAUGGUUUUAUUUGAUUUAAAUGAAGAUGGAUAAAAUAGACGUUUAAUUAUCUUUUUCUGAAAAUGAGUGCUCAGUUUGAAAGUAUAAAUAAUUAUUUUAAUAUAUGCAAACAAGUGCAUUGCUCUGUGACAAGUUAAGACCUGAAUGUCUGUAAGUUAUAACCGUCAACACAGCUUUUUCCUGAUUUGCUGCAAAGGCACAUGGCUGAUGAUAGAAAUGAGAACUAGAAGGACAGGGGACUCAAGAAUGGAAACCCUGUUGUAGGAAUUGGGAAGUUUCAUGUUUUAGAUGAAAUUUAAGCAUGUAAGCAUCACUUCAGAAUGUGUGCAUCACUGUUGUACUGAGUAAUAAAGUUGCUUCUCCUAUUUCCGAGA